ACAGUAAUCCGGACUCGUGUGGGCUAUACGGGCGGCACAACCCUUAAUCCCACGUAUCAUAAGUUAGGCGAUCACACGGAGACCAUUGAUAUCCAAUAUGACCCAAAUGUUACCACUUUUGAGAAAAUUCUCGACAUUUUUUGGGCCAAUCAUUCGCCCACUGUUUGCCACAAAAGACAGUAUAUGUCCGCCAUUUUCUAUCACAAUUCAGAACAGAAACAAUUGGCAGAAGAGUCUAUGAAAGAGGCGCAGAAGAAGUUGACUCAACCGAUUCAGACAAGGAUUUUGCCAUUGGAUGUGUUCUAUGAGGCGGAAGACUAUCAUCAGAAGUAUAUGUUAAGAAAGCACUCAAAUCUGAUCAAAAGUUUGGGAUUGAGUGACAAGCAGUUAAUCGGCGGACACAUCGCCGCACGAAUUAACGGCUAUUUGGGACACUUCGGCACUUUUGCCACUUUCGACAAAGAGGUGAACAAUUGGGGCAUUAGUUGCGACCAAAAGAACUAUAUAUUGGAACAAAUGAAGUCUUCGGAUUCCGGCUUUUGUUAGACUUAAGUUAUUUGAGAAUAUGUUUCGAUGAUUUGAAUUGGAUUUAUAGACAAUCAUAAUAUGAUUCCCAUUAAUAGAAAGUUAAUACGAUUAAUGAGAUGAUGACGUGAUUUGCUGUAAUG